AUGCCUGCUCCUAGACUUUUCCUUUCUGCCCUUGCAGGAUACUUGAUCUCGAGUACCCUCGCCCUCGAACUCCCAAAAUAUCGUGGUUUGAAGACGGCCCAGAACGGCGGUGUUCUCGAAGUCACCCUCCAUAACCCCGACUCAGCCAUCAACCUCUGGAGCCAGGACUUCCAAGAGGGACUUACCGAUCUCGUUCAGAGGCUUCAGGUCGACAACAAAACCAAGGUCGUUGUCUUCAAGAGCGACGUCCCAAGAUUCUUCUGCGCCCAUGUGGACCUCCUCAUUCCAGACAUCCAAACUGUCGGAGAUAGGUUUUCGGCACUCAUGUGGAAUAUCACGAACCUCCCGCAAGUCACCAUUGGCGCUGUCGAAGGCAGAGCUCGCGGUGCAGGAAAUGAGUUCUUGCUCGCCCUGGACAUGCGAUUUGCCACAAAGACAGAGACGCUUCUUGGCCAGAUCGAGGUAGGCACCGGCCUCGUUCCUGGGGGCGGAGGGGGCCAGCUGCUUUCCCAGAUCAUCGGGAGGGGACUGGCAAUGGAGUACAUCUUGAGCGGCAAGGAUAUCAAUGCAGAAGAUGCAGAGAAGAUCGGCUGGAUCAACAAGGCCUUCAACAAUGCUGCCGACAUGUACGCCCACAUCAACGAGCUCACGUCUCGCUUCAGUCUGUUCCCAGGGGGCGCGGUGGUUGCUGCGAAGAACUCGAUCAACCUGUGGGCUCGGCCACCGCGGGAGAACUUCUUGAAAGACGCCGCCGCCUUCAACGCGCGCCUGGCUGAUCCCAUCGUCACGCAACUGUUGGGCCGAGCCCUGGUUCUGACAAACAACCUGACACUGGGCGACAUGGAGCUCAACUUGGGAAACACACUUCCCCUUCUUUACCAGUAA